AUGGCGGACGGCGACGACAGCAUGGAACAAGGACGGAGCUUGCCGUCGGCAGUGGACUGGUCCAACCUCCCGGACGACCUUCUUGGCAUGAUCCGGUCGAGGUUCAUCUCCCGACGCGGACGCGCUCGCUUCGCCGCCACCUGCAGGUCGUGGCGGGCUGCGCCGGCGCCGCCAGCACUCCCUCUGCUCCUCCUCUCAGCCCACAGCAGCGGCAUGGACAUCAAGAAAAACCUCUACUGCCCUGAGGAACGCGAGGUUCUCCGUUUCGAGAUCCCGGGCAAACUGCGCAACACGCAGAUACGUGGAUGCUACGACGGCGGAUGGGUGGCCGCGGUCACGACCACGCCGCCGGUUACGUUCGCGAUCUUCAAUCUUUUCUCAGGUGUUGAGGUGCCACUUUCCAGGGAGCAGAGGAACAUGCCAUGGGUAGUACGGAGUCUGUGGGACAUCCGCAAAGUAAUCUUCUCUGACGUCCCUACCUCGGGCGACUGCGUCCUUGCCGCCAUGACUCAUCAACGCAACACAGCCUUGUGCAGAGUUGGCUCUCCGGACGCCGGGUGGGUCGUGAUCGAAAUAUGUGAUAGGGUGGUGCUCGACGAUAUUGUUUUCUUCCAGGGGGGCCUCUACGGCCUAACACAUAAUAGCCAGAAAUUGUUCAAGUUUGACAUCAGCUUUAACGAAGAUGCGGCGCCGCCGCUGGUGGUCGGCGGCCCCUACAUAUUUGAUGUCCAUUGGCAUGGUUAUAGGAUCGAGAGCCCGCUCACCACAUCCAUCUUUGAGUUACAUGGUAAGCUAGCGGUGGCCAUGAUGGCUCUCUCUUGGGAAAACAAUAAGCCCUUCUUCAAGGUGUUCCAACUUGAUGUCGCGGCACACACCUAUACGUGGAAGGAGGUAGUUACCUUGGGUGACAGCGCCUUGUUCUUGGGGAGAUCAUGCUCCUCCCGGGUGUUGCAUGUGCAAGCUGGCGGGCGCGGCGGUGUAACGAAAAAUCACAUCUACUACUCCGACCAUUGGCAUGCCAUCUUUUAUAACUACCCAAAGUUCCGCAAAGAGGCCUACUUGGCGAGGUCAGAAUAUGGUGAGUCCAUGUAUUGCUGCCAACACCAAAAAUCUCGUGACGGCGUGGAGGGAAUCCCCUCCGUGGGACAUUACAUGACGAAUGGCAUGGAUUAUCCACUCUGGUGCUUCCCUCCCGACUACUAG